GUUGGUGCCAACGAUGUCCGUCCAAGUCUACGCCUACGAGCUCUUCCCUGGCAGAACGCUGCAUGUGGGUCUCUUCCAUGACGUCACGAACGCCGGCGAGCUCCUCUCGCAGCUCCUUGCGCAGACCAUCGACUUUUCGCUCAUCAACGCCGAGAUGGUGACGGGCCUCUUUCCGCUGCAUGCGGCGGCGUCGCGCACGCUUCUGAGCAGCCAAAACAACGCGCUCAUGACCAACACGCUCCACUCGGAGCUCGUGUACAACCUGUCGGGCUCGCGCAACGUCACCGAUUCGCUGCGGCGGUUCGGCAUUAGCGCGGCGACGACGAAGCUGCUCAUCUGCGCCUUUGAUGCGGACGCGGCCAAGCUCGACGAGAUGCGUCGUCUCGUCCAGGGCACGCUCGUCGAUGUCGCGGGUCUCGAGAGCCCCAGCCACGUGACGCCGGCCACCUUGCAGCAGCUCAAGAAGCACUACAAGAUCACGGAUGUGGAGCUCACGGCGUCGUCACUCACGGACGCGAUCGUGACGCGUAUCGCGACUAAGAGUGUCAAUAAGUAA